UACACAUGAUUCACGUGAAUGGUUAAAUAUUAUAUAUCAAGUAUCACUCACCACCAUAGUAUAUCACACCGCUCCUCCUCUUUGGUGAGUAUAUAACUUCUCCUCCUUCAUCCCAAAUUUACCAAUUCACUCGAACUUCUUACCUCCCCAUCUUCCACCAUGGCAACCUCCAACGACUCUUCCCAGCUCCCCGCAUAUCUCCAAGACGAGAACCUAACCGAAGAAUGCAAAGAACUCAUUCGCACCCUCCCAACCUCCAACGGUCGGGAUUGGUUAUGGACCUUGCAUCUCUAUCAAGGCUUCUGGUUCACUGCCCGCCACUUGAAUGGAGUCCUCUUGGCUCGACGCCACUUCAGGGCUGCAGAUUCCGACAUCCUACUCGUCGCCGGCCCCAAGACUGGCACCACGUGGCUUAAGGCCGUCCUCUUUGCUCUCCAGAAGCGAUCCUGCUAUUCCGAACCCGAUAGAAAAUCUAACCAUCCCCUCCUCCAGAAAAAUCCCCACGAACUCAUUCCCUACUUGGAAUUCACGCUCUAUCUCAAGGACCAAGAUCCAGACCUAUCUGGUUUAACCUCUCCAAGGAUGUUUGCAACCCACAUGCCUCUCGGGUCGCUUCCACAGUCUGUUAAGGACUCUGAAUGCAGGAUUGUCUACUUGUGUAGAAACCCCAAGGACACGCUGGUCUCCCUAUGGCAUUUCCUAAAUAAGGUAACGUCCAUGGAAAUGGGCACAUACACACUUGAGGAGGCCUUCGACUUGUUUUGUAGAGGGGUGAGCCCGUAUGGACCAUAUUGGGAUCAUGUCCUGGGUUACUACAAGGCUAGCUUGGAGAUGCCCGAUAAGGUCUUGUUCUUGAAGUACGAGGAAAUGAAGGAGAGACCUAUUGAGCAGUUGAAGAUAUUGGCCGAUUUCUCGGGCUGCCCUUUCUCGGAAGAUGAGGUGGCUGAUGGUGGGAUCAAUGACAUCGUUAGGCUCUGCAGCUUCGAUAAUUUGAGCAAACUAGAGGUGAAUAUGACUGGGAAGUUCAGGUUAGCGGAGACCAAGUCGUUCUUCAGAAAGGGUGAAGUGGGUGACUGGGUGAACCAUCUGACUCCUCAAAUGAUCGAGAGGAUCGACUGCAUCACUGGGGAGAAGUUCCAUGCGUCAGGUUUAAAGCUCUAGAAGCGAGUUAGUUUGGUCACUUCUUCAAUGUAUUGCCCACUCCAUUACCAAUAAUGUAACCUAAAAGCAACACUACAUUAUAAAAAAUUACCAAAUUAUAUUAUCAA